UUGCCCGCCUUGCCCGCCGCUGCCGCCGAGGCCGCGGGGCCGGUGCGGAGCGCACGAUGGAGGCGCCGCCGGUGACCAUGAUGCCCGUCACGGGCGGCACCAUCAACAUGAUGGAGUACCUGCUCCAAGGGAGCGUGCUGGACCAGAGCCUGGAGAGCCUCCUGCACCGCCUGCGCGGGCUGUGCGACAACAUGGAGCCCGAGACCUUCCUGGACCACGAGAUGGUGUUCCUGCUGAAGGGGCAGCAGGCCAGCCCCUUCGUGCUGCGCGCCCGGCGCUCCAUGGACAAGAGCGGCAUGCCCUGGCACCUGCGCUACCUGGGACAGCCCGAAAUCGGCGACAAGAACCGCCACGCGCUGGUGCGCAACUGCGUGGACAUCGCCACGUCCGACAACCUGACGGACUUCCUGGUGGAGAUGGGCUUCCGCAUGGACCACGAGUUCGUGGCCAAAGGGCACGUGUUCCGCAAGGGCAUCAUGAAGAUCGUGGUGUACAAGAUCUUCCGCAUACUGAUGCCAGGAAACACGGAGAGCAUUGAGCCGCUCUCCCUCUCCUACUUGGUGGAGCUCAAUGUAGUCGCGCCAGCAGGACAGGACAUUGUUUCUGAUGACAUGAGGAACUUUGCUGAGCAGCUGAAGCCUCUAGUACACCUGGAGAAAAUUGACCCCAAAAGACUAAUGUGAUUGAAAAUCUGGGCCAUUAAGGCAUUGUUUUUGUGUUUCAGAAAAGGAUGUUUUUCUAAAAAGUUUUUUUGUGGGCAAAUCAAAGCAGGGAGAAGGGAAUAAAGUACUAUAUAACAGUUUUGGCAGUUAUAAUUACUGAGUGUUUUUUUCCUUCACUUGUGAAUUUGAACGAAAGUGGACACUUUAAAUUAGCGCUGUCAAAAAAAAAAAUCAGUAAAUGUUA